AGCUAAAACUUCAAGGAAUAAUAUUCUUCUGUGUCACUACAAUAUCUACUCUAUUUUUUAAAUUACGAGUGUUUGUUUAAUGGAUUUUCGGUUUGCUCUAUUAAUGACUGAAAGUAAAUCGCGCCGGCGCCAAGAGCACAAUGUAAAUCUUUUCAAAAGGUCUCGUGUGUAGAAUAGCUCAAGUCCCGUUGUUGUUUUACGUAGAUAAAUAUAUAUUCUAAUGCGAAUUGUCAGAAUGAUCCACCAUAAAUGUAGACUAGGUUUUUAUUCAACUAGCAACGUGAAACGUUUCGAAGUAACCGAAGACAAAGUCCCGUGGGACGUUGAAUAUCCAGAAUACAAGCCAGUUGAGUACACCUCACCUGUUCUUAAAGGGAAACCAUGGGCAGAUCCGGAAAUUGGCGAACCCUCGUUCAAACCAAAGUGGAAUUCUCUUGACGGAAAAAUAAAUCGCAGGAGUUUUGUGGGUGAUUACGUUAUAAAUGAGGCCGGCUAUCCUUUAAAUCCCAUCGGUCGAACAGGAAUUGCCAAACGAGGUCUGUUAGGACGAUGGGGGCCAAAUCAUGCAGCGGACCCAAUCGUUACUCGUUGGAAACGAGACGCUCAAGGUGUUAUAGAAAAGAACGAGGACACAAAAAGACCAAUUUUGCAAUUCGUUGCUAUAAAAAGACGAGACACCGGCGCGUGGGCCAUUCCUGGUGGAAUGGUAGACCCCGGGGAAACGGUCUCAGCAACGUUGAAAAGAGAGUUCAUGGAAGAAGCCAUGAGCUCUUUAGGACAGGAUAAAGAAGAGAGGAACAAGUUAGAAAAAUCUAUGAAGGAAUUUUUCGAAAAGGGUGACGAGAUUUAUAAGGGAUACGUGGACGAUCCUAGAAACACGGAUAACGCUUGGAUGGAGACAGUAGCUUUAAACUUUCACGAUGACGAUCAUAGCGUUUUUGGGAAUAUAAUGCUAGUUGCUGGAGACGAUGCAUCUAAAGCCAAGUGGAUGGACAUUGAUAAUAGACUGAAUUUGUACGCCAGUCAUGCAGAGUUUAUCAGGAAAAUAGUAGAAAAAUACGGCGCACACUGGUGAGAACUACGAUUGCUUUUUUUAAGUACGUUUAUUUCUUAAACUGAGUUUUAUAAAAAAAAUAUAUCUUCAUACAAAGAAACAUAAGUUUAUCAAUUAAUUUGUACCACUUUACAAAAAAACGAUGUAUUUUAAACAAAAAAUGAUAUAUUACAUGUAUACGUGUAUGUUACAUAAGAUAAUAUGUUAUAUGCUUAACGUAAAUAUAUAUAAUCUAUGUAUCAUCACAGAUAAUAGUAUAUACCACAUAUUAUUUUGGAGUUAUACUUUUUAAGUCAUUCAAUAAGAGUCCGCACACAUACAUAAAAUUGGAAGGAGAAAAUAUUCGUGAUAGUUAAUGAGUUUAUAUGAUACAAAUGACAAGUUAAUCAUAGAAGCAAAGUAGUUAACAGCACAUUUGUAUGAACAAUAUGCUUUAAAAGAACACAAUGUUAAAUAAAUAUAUUUUUUCCAUUGA